GAUGGUGAACUGUGACACACAAAAAAAAAAAGAAAGAAAAAAAAGAAAGAAGCAAAGCAAGCAACAGUUACACCUGCUCUUCUUUCUUUCUUUCUUUUCUUCUGCCAUAUUUCCACCACCAUUUUCCUCAUCAAACACUCCACCGCCCACCUCUCUUCUUCACGUGACCCCCAUUUCACUUUCUUCCUUUUCAAUUUAAUUUAUUGUGGUUUCUUCAUCUUUACUUUUUGUUAAAUUUUAUUUCUGACAUACAUUUCACUACCGACAGACAGACAUACCUUCCUUUGAUCCAACCAAACCCAGAUCCAACUUCAACUUUCUUGGUUUCUAGUUGUUUCUUUUUUUUUUUUUUUUACUGGGUGCUUUGAUUCCAUGGUGGUUACUGCUGAGUUCGAAUGAGAUUGUAUUUCCGGAAACUAGCUGUUGUAAGUGUUAGUUAGGUGGCAAAAAUGCCGGCUUCACCGGGGAUGAGAUUCUCUCCGGGGAGGGAACGGAGAGGUGCUAAUCAUGAGAGGGGGCGCAGUUCUGAAAAUGGAAUAGGUUUUAAAGAAAGAGAUGAUGAUAAUCUUGCUUUAUUUCAUGAGAUGCAUUGCAAAGAGACCGAAAAUUUCUUGCUGCAGUCUAAUGAUAAUUUUGAAGACAAUUUUGUGACCAUGCGGAAUUUUUCAGACCACAAGCUUGGAAUAAACACUGCUGCUAGAGGAGAAAGCAGUAAUCUCCUCAAUGCAGAAGAGGAAAAGAAUGAUUAUGAAUGGUUAAUGACUCCUCCAGAUACACCUCUGUUUCCUUCGUUAGAUGAUGAGGCACCUCAAAUUAUUCAUGAACAGAGAGGUAGACCUCGAACUCAACCAAUUUCAUUCUCCAGAUCAUCCACGAUGGAGAAAAGUCGUAGAAGUAGCAGAGGUAGUGCAAGUCCAAACCGCUUGAGCCCAUCUCCACGAUCUCGUCAACCUGAAUUUCAACCAAGAAAUCGGGCCUCUUCGGUACCUAGUUCUAGUCCACCGCCUUCUCAAAGGCCCGCCACUGGAUCUAGAAGACCAUCUUCCCCAUCAAGUAAACCUUCUACCCCACCUCCACGGGCCUCUACACCACCUUCAAGGAGAUUAAGCACAGGUUCUGUUACCACUUCAAGUACUGGUCCAAGAGGUAUUUCUGGAAACUCGGUUUCACCGAAGAUAAGAGCAUGGCAGGCCAACAUUCCUGGGUUUUCCACAGAAGCACCUCCAAAUCUUAGAACCUCUUUGGCAGACCGCCCCGCAUCAUAUGUACGUGGCUCUUCCCCUGCUUCAAGAAACAGAAGACAAUCAAUGUCACCAGUUGCUUCUAGAAGCAUUGGUUCGUUCCAUAGUCAUGAUCGAGAUAGAUCUAGCUCUUAUAGUAAAGGUUCAAUUGCAUCUUCUGCUGAUGAUGAUGUUGAAUCUCUCCGGUCUAUCAUCGUUGAAGGGUCAGAACGGUCAAGUUUAAGGAAAGUGGGUGGGUUUAGGGAUAAUAAGGCUCCUAUUUCUCACAAGCCUAUAAGAACUGUUUCUUCUAGCUCUGCUCCAAAAAGAUCAUUUGACAUGGCGCUUCGACAAAUGGAUCAUAGAAAAGGUCCUCAGAAUAUGUUCAGACCACUGCUCUCCAGUGUCCCUUCUACAAACUUUUAUGCUGGAAAAGGAGGUCCCGCGCCUGCUUGGAAUUCUUCGGUGACAACUAGUAGCAAUGCAAGUUCUGAUUUUGCUACCAGUGGCCCACUUGAUAUUGAAGAGAAUGAACAACACAAGGACGAUGCAACUUCUGGAUAUGAUAAGGCCCUAGAUCAUGAUCUUGAUGAGGACGAACUAUUUAUGUUAGAGGAACCUGAAUCGGAGAACGAAGAUAUGGGAAAUGAAAUGCAUGGUCUUUCACCAAAUGGAGAUGGUUUAGAUAGUCUUGUACAAUGUGAUACUGCAGCUUGUGUGGUUUCAGAUGAUUUCAUUGGUAACAUUGACUUCCCAGAAAUUGAUAGCAUAAAGGAUAUGUUAAGUUGUUCAAGAUGUGGUUGCGAGUAUUCCAGUUUCACGCUAACACAAGACGACAUUAAACUUUGUCCAAAUUGUCGGAAGUCGACAUCAUCUUUGACCAUCAGUGAUUUGAGGACAAGCUUAGUGGUGGUUACGAGUUCCCUAGAAGAGUUACCUAUGUCAGAUGAAUAUCAUGAAUUAGUCAACACAAUGAAGCCUCAAACGACCCUAGUCAAACUUGAAUCUCCGGAAGUAACUUCUGAGACUGAAGCACAAUCCAAGCAACACAAAUAUGUAAUCGAGGAUGGUGAGAGUACACCUGCAGAGCAAAGUCAACACACUUUUGACUAUCCAGGUUCUCUUUCUCCGCCGCGGUUAGAAGAAUGUGAACCCACGGAAGCCAACGAUCAAGUGAUAAGUCAACCAAGUUUAAGUUUUAGUGACGAAAGGGAUGAACAAACUCAACACACCAUUGACUUUCCAAAGACAACGGUUAACUCUGUAGAAGGUAUUCCAGUAGUGCUGAAAAGGUCAACUAAUAUAAAAGGGUAUGUUAUCUGUAGUGGGAACUUUUCCGCCAGUAGCAUUUCUUUUGAUGAUUUGUCAUAUGUGAGGGGCAGUACAAAUAGCAUGAGAAGUUCAAUAGGACGUGGCAGUGUGUCUGCAUCAUCUUCUGCGGACUUUGGACCUCGUUUUCAUCGUCAAAUGAGUAACAGGAAAUCUGACAUAGAUAAUUACAAUUAUGACCCCAUGAAUGUUAAGUAUCGCCGUAGUGUAUCAUCUUUAUCUGGAACUUCUAGUCAUGCUUUCCCUCCAUCUAGUGUUGGAACUAGCACAUUUGACUCAUUUGAGGCAUCUAUUGUCCCCAUGGAGAGAGAUGUUGCUGACUCAUCAUCUGUGGGUCCUCAAGAAACCCAAAGUGAACAUGACACGUACACUAAAGAUGAUAGUGUCAUUAACAUAGAAACAGCUCUUGAUUCAGAAGAAGUUUUGUUAACCGAAUCUUCAAAUAAUGAAGAGCCCACUUCAUUUCCCAAAGUUGAUGACUUGGGAAAGGAUCCUAGUACUUCAACUACAUGUACAUUUGAGAAAGUUGAAGACUUGGGAAAGGAUAGUAGUGCUUUAGUAACAUGUACAUUUGAGAAAGUUGAAGACCUGGGGAAGGGUACCAGUGCUUUAACGACCCAUACGUUUGAGAACACUAAUUUUGCGGAAGUUCAAUUGGAUGCCAUAUCAGAAAGAGAACUUGAUCAAACUUGUUCUGCAUCUCCUGCUUCACAAUGUAGUUUGUCUCAAAGUUCAGAGAGUGGCAUAAAAGAAAUUCAGGACCCUCAUGUUUCUACUGCACUCGGUAAAGAUACAGCAGCUUCUGCCAUAGAGUGUGACACCUCAAAUCAUUCAAACAGCAUAAUGGAGGAAUCAACAGUCUUGGUUGAAGGCCAAGGAGGAACAAAGGGAAGAAGCCUGACACUAGAGGAAGCAACAGACACAAUACUGUUUUGCAGCUCAAUAGUUCAUAACUUAGCCUACGAGGCUGCAACUAUAGCCAUCGAUAAAGCAACUCUACCAGAUUUUCCUGAUAACGAUAAUCCUUUUCCACUUACUCCAGCUGUCCCAUAUGGUUACACGGGUAAUAAAGAUGAUCCAGCCCAAAAAACAAGCAAAGGGUCAUCAAAAUCCCAAAAGACGAGGCAGAAAAAAACAAUGGAAAAAAAUUCCACGAAAGAUCCUAACAGAAUGAAUAUCUGUGAGGAAACCGUCUUACCAAAAACCCGUAUUGUAUAUCCUAGUAAUAAAGAGAAUACGAGACCACCAAAGCUAGAAUCUAAAUGCAACUGCGUAAUAAUGUGAGGAAGAAGAUACUUCAUUUCUUCGGGAUUUUGAUGAUGUAAGUAUUGUAAAGUUAAUUGGUAGGUUAGAGCCAUGAAGGUUCUUAAAUUUAUUUUUUCUUAGUGAUGUGCAUUUGGGGUUAUAUAUAGGAAAAACAGACCUGAGCCAAUUCUUUUAUUCUAUUUUAUUGUGUGACUACUUAACAAGUACCGAUUGUUGUUUGAUUGUAAAAGGUUGAUUGUAUCUAGGAUUUUGAUUUUUGUAAAUCGACAAUAUUGAAAAUAUACGAGUGUAUUAUUCUUA